GGAAAUGUUUAUUCCCAUCCUGUGAAGGCAGUGUGAGGUAACCAGUGGAUAGUUCAGGCAUGCAUUUAGCAAGCGGCUCUCAAUGAAAACUAAUAAAGCAAAUACUAGCGCAGAGGACUAUGGGAGGGUGCGCAGGUGAGCCGACUUGAAACGCAGCGCUCCGUCCAUGGAACUGGAUCCUUAGACAUAUAGUCCGAGGACAAGAGAUGUCAGGAGGCAGCAUGACAGCUGUACGCGGAGCCCACUCGAACAACAGCAGCCCUGCGACACCGAAGGAAAACGGACACACCGCCCAGCCGACGUCCAACUUUCCCCAUCCCUCAGCGGGGAGCGCACCGGAGGACAGCCCGGCGGGUUCCAGCAGCGAGCUCUCCCACACAUGGAUCCACUUCGUGAAGACUUUCGUCAUUAUUUUCCCCAUUUAUGCCCUGGGCUAUUUUGAGUUCAGUUUCAGCUGGUUGCUGAUAGGACUUUUUAUCUUUUUCUGCUGGAGGAGGAACGCAGGGGGGAAGCUGAGCCGCCUGAGCCGAGCGCUUGCGUUCUUUGAUCAAGAGGAGCGAAGCGCACAACGGUGUCUGACCACCUCGGAUUUACCUCCAUGGGUUCACUUCCCAGAUGUAGAGCGUGUGGAGUGGUUAAACAAGACUGUGAGACAGAUGUGGCCGUACAUCUCCCAGUUCGUGGAAAAACUGUUCCGUGAGACAAUCGAGCCGGCGGUGAAGGAGUGCCACGCCCAUCUAAGCACCUUCUGCUUCAGCAAGAUCGACAUAGGAAAUACACCACUCAGGAUCAAUGGGGUCAAGGUUUAUACAGAAAAUGUGGAUAGGAGGCAGAUCAUCAUGGACCUGCAGAUCAGCUUUGUUGGGAAUACUGAGAUUGAUGUGGACAUUAAGCGCUACUACUGCAAAGCUGGGAUCAAGAGCAUCCAGAUCCAUGGCGUGCUAAGGGUAGUGAUGGAGCCCUUGCUGGGGGACGUGCCUCUCGUUGGAGGACUGUCUUUGUUUUUCCUUAAGAAGCCACUCCUUGACAUAAACUGGACUGGCCUCACCAAUAUUCUGGACAUUCCUGGCCUCAACGGCUUCUCCAACAAUCUGAUUCAAGACAUAAUCUACAGUUAUGUGGUUUUGCCCAAUCGAAUAACAAUCCCUCUGGUUGGAGACGAGGACCUGGCUAAGCUUCGCUUUCCAAUGCCCAAGGGAGUUCUCAGGAUUCACUUCCUCGAGGCUCAGGAUCUGGAAGGGAAGGAUCAAUUUCUGGGAGGACUUAUCAAAGGAAAGUCGGACCCUUAUGGCAUCCUGCAUGUCAGCAAUCAAAUGUUCCAUAGCAAGACGAUAAAGGAGAGCCUCCAUCCCAAGUGGAAUGAGGUUUAUGAGGCUCUUGUGUAUGAGCCCUCUGGUCAACAUCUGGAAAUCGAGCUGUUUGAUGAAGAUCCAGACAAAGAUGACUUCUUAGGAAGCCUCCUAAUUGAUUUGACCAAGGUGUACAAUGAGCAAAAGGUCGAUGAGUGGUUUGAACUGGAAGAAGCACCUACUGGCAAACUGCACUUAAAACUAGAGUGGCUGUCUCUGUUCUCCACUUCUGAUAAGCUGGAUCAGGUUUUAAGAUGUGUGCGUGCAGACAGAAGCCCAACAAAAGAUGGACUCUCGUCAGCUCUCCUGGUGGUCUUUCUAGACUCAGCUAAGAACCUGCCAGGUGUCUUCACAGGCAGCUUAGGCUGUGGAAACUUAAGUGAGAGGAGAGCUUCUGGCUUAAUCUUUUGUGAGGGCGAUACAUCUGAGUGUAGUGCAAAUUUCUCAGCCAAGAAAAACAGCAGUGAACCCAGUCCUUAUGUUCAGUUCACAGUUGGACAUAAAACUCUGGAGAGUAAGGUCCGGUACAAGACUAGAGAGCCUUUAUGGGAGGAUUGCUUCUCUUUUCUCGUCCACAAUCCCAGAAGGCAAGAGCUGGAAAUUGAGGUAAAGGAUGAUAAGCACAAAUGCACACUGGGUAUUUUGCGCGUGCCUUUGAGUAGGCUUCUGUCGGAGGAGGACAUGACGCUGGCGCAGUGCUUUUCUCUGAAGAACUCUGGACCAAGUUCUACCAUCAAAUUAAAGAUGGCCUUGAGGAUCCUUUCACUGGAAAAACAGAUAUCUUCAGACCUGCCCUCUGCGGUGCAGGUCAGAAAAUCCAGUGUUCCCCAGACAGCCCUGGCCCCCUCCCUGAGUCUGUCCUACUCAGAGUCACAGCUGCUUUCUGCCACACCUCCAAAGCCCGUACGCGCCUCCACUCUCACUCUCCAGGACCCUGACGGCGAGCCAUACUCUGCCAGCCCUCGCCGCAGCACACCUAACUUGAGCACCACUAUUUCUAGCUCUCAGAAAUACCUGCCUCACAAGGAGAGCACCCCCAGCCUGGCGUCGGAUAUCUCACUGCCUAUCGCCACCCUGGAGCUUCAACAAAGACUCCAUCAGCUGCAGAACGGCUCGGCUCCUGGCCAAUACCCCCUGGGUGAGAUCCAGCUCACUGUUCGACACAGCUCCCAGAGGAACAAACUGGUUGUGGUGGUGCACGCUUGCAGAAAUCUGAUAGCCUUCACCAAAGAUGGCUCAGACCCCUUCAUACGCCUGUAUUUGCUGCCUGACAAGAGCCGGUCGGGAAGGAGGAAGACAAGCACGAUGAAGAAGACUCUUAAUCCUGUUUAUGAUCAAACGUUUGAGUUCAGUAUUUCCCAUGUGGAGCUGAAUAGGAGAACUCUGGAUGUAGCGGUGAAAAAUGGAAGGAGCAUCCUGUCCAAACACAAAGGCCUUUUGGGAAAGGUGCUGGUAGAUUUAAGUGGAGAGGAUAUCUCAAAAGGGUGCACUCAGUGGUAUGAACUGACAGAAGAUGGUUUGUCAUCUCUAGGAAUACGAAGAAGUCAAGAAUCCCUCAUCACACAGUGAAACCACUCUUGUCUUCUAAAACUGUGAUGUGGUUCUUUGUUAUAUGUUUUUUCAGCUAUUCUAAAGGAGAAGUUUUAUUCCCUUUUCAGACUGAUGAGUAAAGACACAUACUAUAAAUAGUAAAACAUGCAAACCACCCGGAGUUUGUUUGCAGACUUUUAUGUAGAUAUUUCUCCUAUUUCUGUAUGAAAACCACAAUUUGCAAGUGUUUUCAUGACAUUAUCUUUCCUUAAUGGAAGUUUUGUAGAAAUGUGUGCAAAUUCUUUGAGAUUUAUUUGGUGUUGAUGCAAAAACAAUAUGACAAAUUCUGUUUUUCUUAUGUGAAAAUGAACCAAAGGAACAGAUACAAUCCCAAACAUAAGCCUCAUAAGUAGCAAUCCUUUUCUUGUUAUUUAUUUUCCGUUUGUUUUGUUAUGCAGUGUUAUUGAUUCUUUACGUCUGUAAAGAAAUACAUGGAAUGCACGUAUGCAAAAUUGUAUUAAUUUUAGCAGAUUUGCACCAUAUUUGUAAUUCUAAAUUUUGUCUCAGAUGCUGUGGGAAAAAUGCAUUUUAGGGCUAUGAAUAAGUGCUGCAGACGACAUACAUAUAUAAAAGAGGAUACUUGAAUAAGUGUUUUGAGAGUCUAAAACCAUAUGUGAGUUAUGUAAACAAAGAAAGUUACCUUUUUGCAUUUUAUGAUCAGGUUGCUGCAACACAUUGAGAUAAUGCAUCUUUGGCUAUAUGCUUGUAAAUGUUUUGCCUUGCAAUUGUAACCGUUUGUUUCAACUUUUCAAUACAUUUCUUCUUCUCUCCGUGCCUUAAGAGCCUGCUAUCUGAGUUUUUUUUUCUUCUUCUAAACUAUUAACAUUUUGAAAUGAUCUGAUGCCUUGUGGCUUUGAAUAAAAACUGUAUUCUUUUUAAGAA